UACGUAUUUGUCGUAAGUCAACUACGCAGGGCAGCAGCUGUCACUCAAAGGGCAUUUAAAUGGCUGCAUUGUACAUUACUGCAUAUCGUACAGUACGAAAACAAUGAUAUGGCUACCAGUAUACCUCAUAGCGUAACCGAGUGUCUUUGCUGUUACUGCAGCGACUGUUUUGCGGAUUAAUACUGAAGAAGCAUAUUUUUUUUUCUUGUCCAGCAUUAACACCGUUGGCAUAAAUUGCUUAAAAAUGAGCGAGGAGGAAGAGAGUUUGCAGAAAACGAAACAGGGCUUUGAAGACCUCUGCCGAGCCCUUAAUAUGGACGAGGAGGCGCACAGCGAAGCAUGGAAAAAUUACGAAAAUAUUAAUAAAAAUUACACCUUAGAGGGCAGUGAAUUGCACUGGCUCGCCUGUGGCUUAUACGUUGCCUGUAGGACAUCAGUCCCGACUGUGGGUAAGGGCACGGCUGAAGGCAACUAUGUGUCUCUGACCAAGAUCCUCCGCUGCUCAGGGCUCAGCCUUAUCGAGUUCUUCAACAAGAUGAGAAAGUGGCACGAUAUGGCCAGCCUGCCACCUGAAUUCCGGCAGCGGACAGACAAGCUGGAGAGGAACUUCACUGUGUCAGCGGUCAUCUUCAAGAAGUACGUCCCAAUCUUCCAGGACAUUUUCAAGCCUCCCUCCGAUGACCCCCCCAGGGUUCAGAGGGGACGCAAACAGCGACGACAUCCCUGCACCGUGACAGAAGUCUUUAACUUCUGCUGGACCCUGUUUGUGCAUGCUAAAGGGAACUUCCCCAUGAUCAGCGAUGACCUGGUGAACUCCUACCAUCUGCUGCUGUGUGCACUGGACCUGGUCUACUGCAACGCUCUGCUCUGCUCCAGCCGCAAGGAGCUCCUCAACCCCGCCUUUAAAGGCCUCCCCGAGGACUUCAGCGCCAAGGACUUCAGACCAGGUCUGGGCUCACUCUGCUUCAUCGAGCAGCUGUGCCAGCUUCACGAUGGCCUGGUGCUGGAGGCCAAGGGUGUGAAGGAGCACUUCUGGAAGCCCUUCAUCCGGAAACUCUUCGAUAAGAAGGUUCUCAAGGGGAAAGAUGAAAGCCUGACUGGCUUCCUGGACCCGGCAAAUUUCGGAGACAGUCUUGCCUCUUUGGGCCGGGUAUACGAGGAGCACGUGCUAUCUACGGGCAGCCUGGACGAGAGGGUCUUCCUGGGUGAAGGUGCCAGCGAGGAGAUUGGCACGCCGGGACCCUGUCUCAGCUCAGGCGGUAUAGAGGAGAUGGAGAAGCCCACACACAAGCCACAGGGCACCGCGCCGUCUGUCCGCGUGGCCACACCCCUGACAGGCCGCAAGUGUGCGCCGGAUGGUAGUGGGGGCACGCCCGUCUCCACGGCGACGCAGACCGUGGGUCGCCUGCAUGGUCUGCUGUCGGGAAUGAGACAGGGCCCCAGCGAGAGGUUGGCCCAGACCCUCAGGUCUUGUACCAGAGACCCCAGCGAGGCCAUUGCCUGCAGGCUAAGGGAUAUGUGUGAGCAGUUCUGCCAGCAAUAUCAAGGGAACAGCGAGGAGAACACCAGCCUGGCCCAAGAAAUGGGGGCAAAGUACUUCCGUCUGGCUGAGGCUCUAUACUACAAAAUCCUGGAGUCUGUCAUCGACCAAGAGAAGAGGAGGCUGGGUGAUUGUGACCUCUCUGGCAUUUUGGAGCAGGACGUGUUUCAUCGCUCUUUGCUCGCCUGCUGCUUGGAGAUCGUCAUCUUCUCUUAUCGCCCGCCAGGAGAGUUCCCCCGAGUCAUUGAGAUCUUUGACUUGCCACCAUAUCACUUUUAUAAGGUGAUUGAGGUGCUGGUGAGGACAGAAGAGGGUCUGUUCCGGGAGGUGGUCAAACACCUUAACCGUGUGGAGGAGCAGGUUCUGGAGAGCCUGGCCUGGAGGAGUGGGUCCCCGCUCUGGGACAGCAUCCGGGGGGCUAAGAACCGCGUGCCCACCUGCCAGGAGGUCAUGCCCCCCCAGCACUUUGAGAGCGCAGAUGGGGCCACGGCCGGCAGUCCCCUCACCCCAAGCCAAGCGAACGAGUCUCGGACCAACGCCAGCGGGCCCACCAGGGGCAUGCUGGCAUCCCCUGCCACCCUCCAUGGCCGUUACGGAUCGCCGCCCACAGGCUCGGCCCGCCGCCGCCUCUUCCCGGACGGCGAGGCUUCCUCAGACCCCGCCACGCCCGUCAGGGUGCCCCAGUCACCCCUCAUCAGCACCAUCGCGGCAGGCCAGACGGUGGUCACCAUGGCAACGGCAACCGUCACGGCCAACAACGGCCAGACAGUCACCAUACCUGUACAGGGGAUUGCCAAUGAAAAUGGAGGCAUCACGUUCAUCCCGGUGCAGGUGAGUGUGACCGGGCAGUCUGGAGGGACCCUGCAGCCCCUCACCGCGCAGGCCCUAGCCGGGACCCUCACCGCGCAGCAGAUCGCCGGCGUUGUCUCUCCGGCCACCGCCCAGGGCAGCCCCUCAACAGGACAGCAAGCCAAGAAGGCGGAGCCUCAGAGCUCAGGCACCAGCAAGCCCCCCAAAACCGGCUCCCUCUCGCUCUUCUUUCGUAAGGUGUACCACCUGGCCAGCGUGCGCCUCCGGGACAUGUGCAUCAAGCUGGACAUCUCGUCCGAGCUGCGCCGGAAGAUCUGGACCUGCUUCGAAUACUCGCUGGUGCAUUGUACGGAGCUCAUGCUGGACCGCCACCUGGACCAGCUUCUCAUGUGUGCCGUCUACAUCACGGCCAAGGUGACCAAGGAGGACAAGUCCUUUCAGAACAUAAUGAGGUGCUACAGGACGCAGCCGCAGGCCAACAGCAGUGUGUACAGAAGUGUCCUGAUCUCAGGAAGGAGCAGGAGUCACUCUGGGAGCAGUGAGCACGAUGGGCGGCAGACGUCUCCCGGCGAGAGCGGCACCCGAGAGCGCAAUGGCAGUCCUGUGCCUGUGCGUUCCAGCAGCACGCUGCCCACCCCCCGGCCUGAGAGUGCCCCUGCGACGCCUGCGCGACUCACCGGCGCCCCCACAGGGACUCAGGAGGAAGAGGAGCAUGGCGAUCUCAUCAGUUUCUACAACAGUGUCUACGUCAAACAGAUGCGCAGUUUUGCGUUGCGCUACUCCAGUGGCUCGUGGGCCACACAGGGGGUGAGUCACAGGCAGGGGGUGAGUCACAGGCAGGGUUGCUAUGGUAACUGCCCCCCCCCCCCCCUCCAACUACAGCGACUGCGUGAGAUCAACAGCAUGAUCAAGACUGGGGAGACACCCACCAAGAAGCGCAGCAUGGCGCUGGAAGACGGAGGGGGGCUGUCACCCGCCAAGCGUCUGUGCCAGGAGAACCAGACGGCCCUGUUACGCAGGCUGCAGGAUGUGGCCAACGACCGCGGCUCCCACUGAGGCUGCCCUCAGAUCAGCGGGCCUCCCGCUCAGCAGCCAAUCCACCCAUCAUGAGUGGAAAUCCAAAUCUGAUCCGGAAUCAGAGGUUAAGGGCGAGACGCCACAAUCAUGCCAGCAACUCCAGCAUCAUAGAUGGAGUCACAGUUUAUGGGUGGUCAGAAUUUGCAGUGUUUGACAUAGAUGUAGGACUGAUGUCUUUCAGACGUCACUCUGUGAGUACGGUGAAUAAAGUAGUCCGGCUGUGUGUGUGUCGGGGGGGGGGGCACCCAGUUCAGACUUAAAGCAGGGAAUCACUUCCUAAAUCAAAGCACAGUUUUUUUCCCAGUCUGGGAUGGGCUACCCUGUUAUAAAGUACUAAGCAGGGUGUUUUAGUGCGGAAUCCAAUCUUUUUUUAGAGAGAGUGAAAGACGUUACACAGGACAGAUUUUAGGUGAUUACAUUCUAGACUUUGACUGAUUUAUAUCAGAUAGUUUUAUUACUACAUGCUAUUUUUACUAACUAUCGCCAUUUUCGAUGACUUCCCUUAAAUGUGCGUUGUCCCUUUACGGCAGUACGCCCUCGCCUGUCUCUCAGCCUUGCCCCGUGUCCAACAUGUAAUGACCGACCGCUGCCUGUGUUUGGAAACAGAAUCACUCUGCUUUCUGUCCCUGGCACACUCCUUCAGAACUGUACAUAUCUGUAAAUAAGAUGAAUAUUAGUGGUCGAUAUAAUUGCGAAGUGCCUUUCAGUUGAUUUCUGUUGGAUUUUGCUUUUAUCCAUCUUAAGUAUUUUGCCUUAUUAACUUAAUGCACAAGCUGUUUGACUCAAAACACUUCUGUUCAGCUUCCACCCCUCCUCCCCCCGACAAUAAAAAAAUACAAACA